GGGGGAACUAAUUCCUCUACGUUGCAUGAGAAAAAUGGAGGGUUUCGGCUGCGAGUUUGACGAUUCUGUAUUUGAAUCGUUUCGGGAAAGGAAGGCGGCGUCCGGGAUAAAGCUAGGAUCCUACACGGCGAAACUCUGCGAGCCUCGGUUACAGCACUCCCCAAAUGCCUUCAAUCCUUCCGAACUAUUCUGGAACAAAUCCUCAACCUCGGUCGAUGUCAGAUAUGACACAUGGUUCUGGGGUGAAAUCUGCACAGCUGAUGAUGUGGAGAAGCUGACUGCACUGAAGUUUCGUGGAGAUCUGGCAUUCAAGCAUCAAGAUUAUCAGAAAGCAUUGUGUGAAUACUCCAGUAGUUUGACCCUUGUUCCAGAGUCAAAUAUUGCGCUCAGAAGAGAUCUACAGGAGGCCCAAGCUCGAUGCCUGUGCCUUCUUGGCAGAUCUGAUGAUGCCUUGGAUAUAGCACAGAAACUGAGAUCCGAGAUAACCAAUACAGACCAUCUCACUACAGUUCUUAACCUGGAUAUUCUCAUCUAUCGGAAUGCUGGAAAUCUGUCUGAAGAGCUCAGCUGUUUACAACAAUUAAUUUCCAUGCACACUCUCAAUCCAUGGUACUGGAAGAAGCUAGCUGAAUGUUACCUAGGUCAUGCUCAUGCCUUAUUGUCUGCAACAGUGUCAGUUGUCCCAGUCUGCAAGGAUGGACGUUGCCUUAAAAUGUUAGAAAAGUCAGCUAUAGAAACAGCAACAUCUAAAACCAAAGCUGACUGUGCACAACUUCAAUCAUUAAGCAGAAAUCCUUGUGGGCAAGUGGAUUGUAAAAGGCAAAUAAACCUCAUCAGGAAUGCAUCCAAGGUGGAGAAUUCUGGCCUAACUUUUACAAGCCAUGUUGUCUCUUCUUAUUCAGCUGUUGGUGAUAGCAUUGAAGUCGAUCUCAAAAGAGGACAGCAGUUGAGGGAUCUGUGGCUGUUUGCAUGUUCCUCCUUUGUAAGAGCGAGACUUCUGUUGCAGAUGGUGAAGGCACAGCAGGCCUCUUUUGUCUUAGAGAGGAACCUGACUGUCCAAGAGGAGAUCAGGCAGGAACUCAGCAAUCUGGAGUUGAGAGAAGAGGCACUGAAUGCAAUAAGUAAGGUGAUGGCGGAGGACCUGCUGCUGGACAAGUUUAAAAAUGGUGCAGAGACUGAAAAGCCUGCGACAUUUUCCAGUUCAUCCUCACUCGACUGCGUUACCAUCGAGUCAGGCUCUGACUUUGAGCAGAGGUGGUUUAAAAAGCUCCGAAAUGAAUCCUUCUACUGUCCCAUAUGGAAGUGAAACAGGGCAAGAAGGUAAAAAUGUCUCUGGAUUACGUUAAUCUCUGCCAAGGACUGUGAGAGUGACCUUGUGUUUGUAGUGGAUGAUGAAGAAACUCGAGCAGAGCCCACUUAGCUGAAAGAAAACAACACCUGCUCGCGACAGAAUGGCGAAAAUGCUACUUGUACAUUUGACAAAUCUUGACAAGGCAUCUGACUCCUGCAGACUUCGGGAGUGAGAGUUCCAUAUCCCAUGUUGCCUGUAUCUCCCUCGUUGCCCACACCUCUCACUUCCAACAUUGGAAUCCAGUUUCUGACUCAUUUCUUCAAUUAGCUAUCAGGCCAUGAUGUGAUUUUGUUACUGUAGAAGUUCUGAUAUAAGCACUAUGGUUUCACAAUAAUGUGCCAAGAAAUGUUCAUAUCUGUGAUGUUAACUUUUAUAUUUAAGAUACGCUGGAAGAUCAUUAUUCUCCCACUAUUUUUAUCUUUUUUUAAAUUUUAGUUUUAUUCAUAUUUUUCUAAUUGUAGGAAAGUUUAGUUUCUCUAAAUUAAAGCUGUUUUACCAUUUUCUGGUAUUUUUUCCGGACUUCAUUUGUAUUUAUGUCGCCUUAAGGUAAAUACAUAAGUCGAUAAUGUGACCAUAUAUCCUGGUUUUUCAUUAACUGUCCCAGUGUCCUGACAGUUUCCUAAAUACGGUUCAAAUGUUCCAGGUUUCAUCUUUUCUCUUUUUGUCAAAUAUAAACUAGGCCUUGAGGAGAGAAUCUGUGUGAAACUUCAUCCUUUUUCUUGAAGUAUAGGAAUGAUGGAGGGUGUGUUUUGGAACAGCUGAACUGAGAGGUUAAAAAAAUGCAUAUGUUUCAUAAAUAUUCUUUUGCAAUUACACGUAGAUAUGAUUUGUAGGAUCUAUGGCUUAUAGAGGUUUAUAAAAUCAUGAGGAGCAUGGAUAGGAUGAAUAGUGAAGGUCUUUUUCUGAGGGUGAGGGAAUCCAACACUAGAGGACGUAGGUUUAAGG